GACAUUUUCAUGAUGGCGCUGCUCAGAUCCGAUACUAUUGGCCUCCGAGCAGCAGUCCACAAACCAAUGGGUGACGUCACGUUACGUCCUUUAUAUAAACAGUCUAUGGUUCCAGCAGCCUUUUAGAUAAAGGAGGAUUCUUAGUCUUUAAGUCUUUUUAAGGUGGACUGCACUGUGGUCACUUUACCUUUAUUAGUAUUUAUUGUUUUUCUUUAUUGUACUUCUGUGGAUUGUUUAUUUUUAAUUGUAUUAAUACCACACAUUGGCCCCUCGGGGACAAUAAAGAUUUCUUGAACUUGAUUUAAUGUUUUUAUUAAUAAACUCAGGUCAAACUUGUACUGUUGACUAUAUUAAAAUAACUGAUGGUCAUAUUAGGAAGAGUCUGUCAGAUCAGAGCCUGAACAGCAGAGUUUACAUUACAUUAAAAUAACUUGAACAACUUUAUUCUGAAGGCAGCUUCCGGGCUGCUCGUGCUUGCUGCCGUCACCUUGACGCACUUGCUGCUCAGUCGGCAUGACAACGCGCUCUCGAGGACAAACGGAGAACGGCUGACGGGCGCGAGGAUGGCCGCAGAAGAUGCCCAGUAACGGAAACAGCGGCGGGAAGCGACAGAAGAGCAGCACCGGGAGCAGCACCGGGACGUGCACCGGGCCCGGAGCCGCGGGCGGCUCGGUCCAUGUCCCGACCAUGCAGAGAGCCAGGCCGGUAACGGUGACGGUAACCGGGGUGAGCCUGGCUCUCAGCCUGCUGUCCCUGCUGCUGCUGGUCUCCGCCAUCUCCACCGAUCACUGGUACGAGACCGACACCCGCAGACACAAACUCAACUGCGACGGUUCCGACUCCAACGACCAGAAGAACCGGGAGAUGCCCAUCUACCACCUGCCGCUGGUGGACACCGGGGCCCGGCAGCGGGACGUGGCUCUGAUGAAACCGGUACAUGUCGGUAGCAGAGAGGAGGAGCUGCUGGAGAACUGGAGAGCCAUUCUGGGGAUGGGCAUCCUGGAGACGGACUGCGGCAGGCCGCUGUUCUCCACUCACUACGGACUCUGGAGGAAGUGCUACUUCCAGAACCUGGACCCGGACAUCGACAAGCUCAUAGACCGCGGUAUCGCAGACCGCUGCACUCCUGUGAAGUAUCACUUCUCUCAGCCAAUCAGACUGAGGAACAUUCCUCUGAAUCUGACCAGAACCAUCCAACAGGAUGAGUGGCAUCUGCUGCACCUGCGGAGGAUCACAGCAGGGUUCCUCGGCAUGGCUGCAGCCGUCCUGCUGUGCGGCAGCAUCGUAGCGUCAGUCGGAUUCUUCUGGGAGGAAAGUUUGACCCAACAUGUCUCAGGACUGCUGUUCCUCAUGGCAGGGAUCUUCUGCACCAUCUCUCUGUGCACCUAUGCAGCCAGUAUGACCUAUGACCUUUCCAGGAACCCCCCCUUCAUCUACGGUCUCCCUGGUGAUGUGGAUCACGGCUACGGCUGGUCCAUCUGCUGCGCCUGGGUCAGUCUGGGUCUCAGUGUGGCUGCCGGCUGCCUCGGUACCACCUUCCCCUUCCUGAGCCGGGCCGGAGGCCUGAGCUCCAAGACUGCCAGAGCGUCCUCCGUCUGAGGCGGGGGGGGGGGGGGGGGGCUGAGUGCUACUGCAUCAUACACACACACUGAUACACACACACGGAUACACACACACUGACACACACACUGAUACACACACUGAUACACACACACAGACACACACACUGACACACACACUGAUACACACACUGAUACACACACACAGACACACACACUGAUACACACACGGAUACACACACACUGAUACACACACACUGAUACACACACUGAUACACACACACUGAUACACACACACUGAUACACACACACAGACACACACACUGAUACACACACGGAUACACACACACUGAUACACACACACUGAUACACACACUGAUACACACACACUGAUACACACACACUGAUACACACACACUGAUACACACACUGAUACACACACACGGAUACACACACACUGAUACACACACACUGAUACACACUGAUACACACACACACAGACACACACACUGAUACACACACUGAUCCACACACGGAUACACACACACUGAUACACACACACUGAUACACACACACUGAUACACACUGAUACACACACACACUGAUACACACUGAUACACACACACAGACACACACACUGAUACACACACACUGAUACACACACACAGACACACACACUGAUACACACACACUGAUACACACACACUGAUACACACACACAGACACACACACUGAUACACACACACUGAUACACACACUGAUACACACACACUGAUACACACUCAGGUGAACCUGGAGGUUAAUAAUUAUAAAUAUUAUAAAUAAUCACAUCAGUGGGUCAGUGCUUCAUGUCACUAAUGUAAAUAAUAAUAAUAAUAAUAAUAAUGUAUUAAUGCUGCAGAUAAAUGACGUGUUGAGACUGUGAAGCGUGUUUAAAGUCACGUGUUUAAAGUCACGUGUUUAAAGUCACGUGUUUAUUGUAUGAAUCAUGUGACCACAGU